CUGAAACAAAAAAGGAAGUAUUAGUUUCGAGAAGUGAAAUAGAGACUACAAAAAUGUUAAAGUCUAAUUAUAAUAAAAAAAAAAGAAAGAGACAUCAAGACUCUAGCUUAGAACGGUCAAGUUCUGAACAGGAAUCAGAUGAUGAUUGUGAAUCUAAUACCAUUGAUAAAGAUCAUGAUAAUUCAUCUGUUGCUCUACCAAUCCUGAAACCGUCUGAAAAAUCAAGCAAAUUUGUGAAUUUGCAUCUAAAAUUAAAUUUGGAAAAGAAUCUUUCCCAAUCUAAGCUGCUUUUUACGGACUUAUUGAACGCUAUACUCCCGUUGGAAUUUAAUAUAAAAAUCUUGAUAAAAAUAUUAGAGCUGGAAUUAUCCUAUAUUUUAUUUAGUCAACUAUAUUUUAUAGGAGAAAAUGCUCGUCGUCAGGAUAAGAAAUGUUCAGUCAAUGGUGAGAAGCAUAAAAGGACAAAUCAAUUAACUGUCAAAGGUGAGAAGUGCAGAAGGACAAAUCAACUGAUUAUCAAUGAUGAGAAGCGUGAGAGGUCAAAUCAACCGAUUGUUAAUGAUGAGAAACGUGAAAGAAAGUGUACUCAAAAAAAGAUGACUUCUACUAACUAUUAUUCUGAAAGUCAUGAAGAUUCUUAUGGUAAUGUUGAUGAUGAGCUUGAUAAAAUAUCGAAAGAUGAUACACAUUACUUAUUAUCUAAUCCUAUACCAAUUUAUUAUUAUAACACAGACUCAGAAAGUUCUAAGGAUAAUGUUGAAGAGAAUAAAAUGAUGAAUAGUGUCUCUUCACAAGAGUCCAAAGAUUAUAAUCUAUCACUACCUGAUUCAGAUGACAAAGAAUCAAAACCUCUUAAGAAAAUUUGUAUUUCUAAUUUUGAUAAGUUGACAUUGCAAAAGACAACUGAAUCAUACAAAGCCAAAUCAUCGAAAAGAUCGUUGAAACAAACUCUUGUGUCAGAGAAAGUGAAAUAA